UUGAGCGUUUGGAUAGCACAAGUUAACCGCCAUAACGUUGGAGCGUUAAGUUGAUAGAAAUAACGUUUUCGUCCGACACAAUGCCGAAGGAUAGCAGAUCAUACAGGAAAAGGUCUAGAUCAAGAAGUGGAUCAAGAGAAAGGAAACGUUACAGAAGUAGGUCCAAAAGCACUGAUCGAUCACGAAGAUCAAGGUCAAGAGACAGAUUAAGACGAUCAAGAUCCAGGGAAAGAGAUAGGGACAGGUCUAAGAGAUCCAGGUCACGGGAUAGGCGAAGGUCAAGAUCAAGGGACAGAAGACGGUCAAGGAGUCGAGAGAGAGAUAGGAGAAGGAGGUCAAGGUCACGGGAUAGGGACAGAGAUCGUAGAUCACGAUCAAGAGAACGGAAGAGAGACAAGAGGUCACGUUCUAAAACACCUGAUAAAUCCAAAACAAAGGGGGAGACAUCACCAGAAAGAAAAUUGCAGUUUAGAGAGGGAGAAUUAAGCGUGAGAGAUGAACCACUUGACAAGGAGGAGGAACAGAAAAGACUGGAGAUGGAAAUGCAAAAACGAAGAGAAAGAAUAGAGCAUUGGAGAGCAGAAAGGAAAAAGACCAAAGAGCUUGCCCCUAUUAAUAUUGCCCCUCCCACAAAGAUUUGGAGUUUAGAAGAUGACGAAGACGAUGAUGACAUAGUUGAUAAUGGGUCAAAGGAUGACGAUGAUGAACUGGACUCUUUGGAUGCCUAUAUGCAGAAUAUUGAGGACAAACCAAACCGAGAUAAGGAACAGAAAUCUGGCAUCAAAACAGAAAACGGUACAAAUGCCGAGACCAGUUCUACUGCGGCAGUGGGUAAGGUGACCAUGAUUACAGGCGUGGUGAAAACAAAAACUGACACAUCGCUACAAAAAGGAGAACUUAUGUUAAACAAUGUGGAUGCAAUGGAGUAUUCAUCAGAAGAGGAGGAAGAGGAUUUAGACUCGACUAUGGCAAAAAUUAAAAACACUAAAAAGGAACUGUUGGUCGUGGACCAUACAAGGAUUUACUAUGCUCCAUUCCGCAAGGAUUUCUACGUCGAAGUUCCAGAAAUACGAAAGCUGACAGCAGAAGAGGUUGAUGCCUACCGACUUGAACUAGAGGACAUUAAAGUACGUGGUAAAAACUGUCCCAAACCAAUUAAGUCCUGGGCACAAUGUGGCUGCAGCAAAAAAGUCAUGGAAGCUUUCAAGAGACAUGAUUAUGACAAACCCACACCAAUCCAAGCACAAGCCAUUCCUGCCAUCAUGAGUGGAAAGGACCUGAUCGGUAUUGCCAAGACAGGCAGUGGUAAAACCAUAGCCUUCCUUAUCCCAAUGUUCCGUCACAUCAAGGACCAACCAGAACUGGAUGAGGAUGAUGGACCUAUAGCUGUUGUGAUGACCCCUACCAGAGAACUUGCCAUGCAGAUUACAACAGAGUGUAAGAAGUUUGCCAAACCACUGGGCCUUCGUGCUGUUUGUGUGUACGGGGGAACUGGUAUCUCGGAACAGAUUGCAGAACUCAAGCGUGGCUGUGAGAUCAUCGUCUGUACUCCCGGACGUAUGAUAGACAUGUUGUCGGCCAAUAAUGGGCGAGUGACUAACCUUCGGCGGUGCACCUACAUUGUGUUGGAUGAAGCAGACCGAAUGUUUGACAUGGGUUUCGAACCUCAGGUGAUGAAAAUAGUGGACAAUAUUCGACCUGACCGUCAGACGGUGAUGUUCUCAGCCACUUUCCCGCGACAGAUGGAGGCCCUAGCCAGGAAGAUACUGAACAAACCCAUCGAGGUGCAGGUGGGUGGCCGCAGUGUGGUGUGCAAGGACGUAGAACAGCAUGUUAUUGUCAUUGAUGAGGACAAGAAAUUCCUGAAGCUGCUUGAGCUGCUGGGUAUUUACCAGGAGAAGGGCAGUGUGCUGGUGUUUGUAGACAAGCAGGAACAUGCGGACGACCUGAUGAAGGAUCUGAUGAAGCACUCCUACCCCUGUCUCUCUCUACAUGGUGCCAUCGACCAGUAUGACCGUGACAGCACAAUCAGCGACUUCAAGAACGGCAACAUUAGUCUACUGGUGGCGACUUCUGUGGCUGCCCGAGGUUUGGAUGUACGACAUCUGAUACUGGUGGUUAAUUAUGACUGUACCAACCACUACGAGGACUAUGUACACAGAUGUGGCCGGACAGGAAGGGCAGGCAACAAAGGUUUUGCUUACACCUUCAUCACCCCAGAGCAGGAGCGAUAUUCUGGAGACAUUCUGAAGGCCCUGGAGAUGUCAGGAGGUAAUGUCCCUGCUGACCUUGAACGUCUGUGGAAUGAAUACAAGGAAAGGGCCAAGGCUGAGGGCCGGACUGUGAAGAGCUCCAGUGGAUUCAGGGGUAAAGGGUUCAAGUUUGAUGAAACUGAAUCUCAUCUAGCAGAUGAGAGAAAGAAAGCACAGAAGGCAGCCCUUGGUCUCCAGGACUCUGACGAUGAGGAUAGCAGUAUGGAUAUUGACCAGCAGAUUGAGGAUAUGUUUGCCAGUGUUAAGAGAGUCACUGAUGUGGCUAAGCCUACAGUACCUUCCCAGACUCCGCAACCGAUGGCUGCAGCACCAACAGUCUCCAACCAACAAAAGCUUGAGCUGGCUAAACGCUUGGCUGCCAAGAUCAACAUGGCGAAGAAGAUAGGGCCAGACGCCCAGGAUAUCACUCAGCAGGCUGCCAAGUCCAUCUUAACUGGAGACGGAGCUGCUCCACAAGUGGCCUCAAAGACGAUAGCAGAACAAAUGGCAGAGAAGAUAAAUGCCAAGCUUGGAUACCGACCACAAACAGAAGAGGAUGAGGGUGCAGACACUAAUGCGGAGACUUUCAAACGCUACGAGGAAGAGCUGGAGAUCAAUGACUUCCCACAGACUGCACGCUGGAAAGUUACGUCAAAGGAGGCUCUUGCCCAGAUCUGCGAGUACUCGGAAGCUGGGAUCACGGUGAGAGGAACAUAUUUCUUACCUGGCAAAGAAGUGAAGGAGGGUGAGAGGAAACUGUACCUAGCUAUAGAGGCUACUAGUGAUAUGGCUAUACAGAAGGCCAAGAAGGAGAUAACGCGUCUCAUCAAGGAAGAGCUCAUCAGGCUGCAAACGUCAUACCAGCCAAUGAAUAAGGGACGCUACAAGGUUGUAUAGACUCCAGACCAGAGGUGUCGUUGUUUGUGGACGAUAACAGCAGCUACAAAACCGUGUUUAUGGACUGUAAUAUCGGUUAAAGUGUGCCUGUUGUUGACGGUACCUGUUAGCUUGUAUGGACUGGAUUGUCCUGUUACAGUACUACAAUUUAGGACAGUAAUAUCUUAACAUGGUUUUCAUCUCAGAAAACUAAUACAAGACACUAAUGUGUACCAGUACAUAAUGUAGAAACUUAGGACUGGUACACAGAUUUCUCUAAGGACUUCAAAACACUUUCUUUCUCCAAAAGCAAUGCAAUUAACAUAAAAUUUUAAAGAGUACCCCAACAUGUAUACCAUGAACUUAAAAUCAUAUCUGAUAUGUUGGUUUAGAGAAUAAUGUUAUGACUCGUUACACUGUUGUCAUUAAAACAUGUGUAUUUU